ACAUCAGGGGUGUCUCAUGCCUGGACAUUCUAUUGUAUCCUGGAGACUUUAGAAUGUUAUCUGAUGUCACCUGUGUUGUAGCAACACCAACUGCCCUUGGACAGUUGGUUCAGUGCCCUUAAAGUUCAGCCAUGAACAUGUUGGGAAGACUCAGAAGUCUAUUGGAUAGAGAGAAAGGAGAAGGAAAAGAGACCAAAGAGAGGCAGACACAAUCUGGCCUUCAGCCUCCAUUUAAAACAACAAGAAAGAAAUGGUCCAGAAGAUGGUACAGGGCCUCCAAGGAACCACCACCCACUCCCACCAGGCUCUCAAAGAGGCAGGUGAAGCAGAAGGUGGAGAGCCUGACCACUCAGCUCCAGGUGAUGACCGCCCAACGGAAUGAUCUGAGAGACCGCCUCAUAUUAGUAACCGAAGGAUCCUUGGAUAACAGGCCCUACCACAGGCCAAAUCCUUUCUAUGAAAAGCUCAAGAUGGAACAUCAGCAGGUCAUGUCAGACCUGCAGAAUUUCGAGAAUGAGAAUUGGGAGGCCUCACAGAAGCUCAGUGAGCUGACCAAAGAGAAAGUCUUCCUUUGGUAAGUGCUUAUCUUGGCAGGGAUCCUAUCCCAACAGUUGUACAAUAACC